UGAACGAAAUGACAUCAUUCUAUACUGAAAUAUUUGGGCUGGCAGUUCAAUAAAUAAUCUGUCAUAUUCGGAAUUGAAUGACUUUCUUGUAGAUUCGUAAUUUUUACUUAAUCUAACGUUACAUUUAAUAAAAUGGCCAAAAAGACCUACGACUUGCUGUUUAAAUUACUCCUCAUCGGCGACUCCGGCGUGGGAAAGACCUGCAUAUUGUUCAGAUUUUCAGAUAAUCACUUCACAACUACAUUUAUAUCAACCAUCGGGAUCGACUUCAAAAUAAAAACAGUGGAACUACGCGGCAAGAAGAUCAAGCUGCAGAUAUGGGACACGGCGGGCCAGGAGCGCUUCCACACGAUCACCACGUCGUACUACCGCGGCGCGAUGGGCAUCAUGCUCGUAUACGACAUUACCAACGAGAAAACAUUUGACGACAUCGUCAAGUGGUUACGAAAUAUAGACGAGCACGCGAAUGAAGAUGUGGAGAAGAUGAUCCUAGGGAACAAAUGCGACAUGGAAGAGAAGCGGGUCGUCAGCAAGGAGCGCGGGGAGGCGAUCGCCCGCGAGCACGGCAUCCGGUUCAUGGAGACGUCCGCAAAGGCCAACAUCAACAUCGACCGCGCGUUCUCGGAGCUGGCCGAGGCCAUCCUGGACAAGACGGCGGGGCGCGAGGCGGACGCGGACCACUCGCGCAUCGCGGUGGAGCGCCGCCCGUCCCGCGCGCCGCCCGCCCGCGCCUGCUGCACGUAAGCGAGCCCCCGCCCUCGCGCCCCGCCGCCCGCACCCACGCCGCUCAGCGCGCUCGUCACUCGCCGCGGACUCGAGGGGCAACCGUCGGAUCAAAUCGAUUUAUAUUUCCAAUCAGAUGACAUGUUUGACAUCGCGUUUUGUAAUUUACUUUAAGCACGAGUCAUUUAGGUUAAGAGUAAAGUUGCUGCGCUUCGCACCGGUGUUGUAGCGCGCGGACGUUCUGUCACUUUUCUAUCUUCUGUCGAUAUGUUAGGGUCGCGCGUCGUGCUGCACUGCGAGGGAUUGAUUCGGUAAACACCACAAUUAUACUAUUAAGUAGACUUGUCCUUCAUACUAACUGGUACACUUGUCUGGUAGUACUAACACAUUCUUCUAGUGUUAAGUAUCAGUACAGUACAGCUAAAGGAAUCAGUACAGUAGUAAUAUACUGUGAACAUUUCCUCGUCAUAACUACAAUAAAAAUAUUGAUUGCAAAAUUCCAAUACAUCCACGUGAAUUAAUUAUUUUAAUGCCUUCCUGACAAAACACUAAAAGAAAAAUGUAAUAAUAAUGUUUUAAAUCUGCCAAGAAGGUCCGAGCUGUUAUACAUUAGGAAAUUGAUAAGUACCUAUUCAAAUUUCAUGUACAAAAGUAAUUGUUGAAGCCGCAUGUGCGGCGGCGAGCUCGUAGUCUAGGCGACUAUACUGUGCCCUGUAACCUUAGUCUCAAACUUAAUCUUGUGUUACGCUUCGUCGUCGUUGUAAAUGUUUAGAUUAUGGAGUGUCGUUAGAAAAUAUAAACUCGACUUAGGAGGCGGGCGGUGGAGAAUUAUAUAUUGUCUAUUAGUUUUAGCGGAUGUGUCUCAACUUAAAUUAUUGUACCGUUAUGUUUAACGCACACACAAUGAUAAGCAGACCACGCCGUCUAAACAUUCAUACAAUCUGCUGUCUAGAGAUUCUCCACGAGGUUAUCGUGUGGAAUAUUUGGGACUGGAACGUGGGCGGCACCCAAGACGUGCUCGCACUACGUGAUAAAAUAAGUCUAUAAGAGGCUGUAUGAAUAUUAAGGCUGCGCCAGUACUGCACCGUAGGGGAGCCAGCCUCGGCUGCACCACUUCAGUACUCACAAUGAGUAAAUUAGAAACGAGGCAGGUGUCGGAAUACGGCUUAUACGAGGGCGGAGUAGACCAACUUUAGAGAGCAACACCAACUGUUCACUAGCAAUACAAUAUUUGAUAUCCAUAGUUCAUAAAUUAUAAUUCCAUUUUUAUAUACAGACGCAACAAUUAUCACCACAUCGACAUGUUUUUUUAAAAAUAAUAGGAAAUAAUAUUUUAAAAUAUUGGUGUUGUAGCCAUGGACAUUCUGAUAAUACUGAUCUAUCGAGCGAUGGUAAUAACUGUUAAACAUCGACUAAAAAUGUAUUGUACCGAUAUUCUCCUAAUUAGAGAACCUGACGCACUACAACAAAGUAAAAAUUUAAAUAGUGCGUUUUCACUUGUAGUGAUGAAUGUUGCUGUCCAUCGCGUAAGUUAACUGUAAGGAAGUGUCGAAUAAACACUGUUGUCUGCAAUAAUAAAGCGUUUACAAACGUGCAAUACAUUAUGUAAGAAUUUGUGAACGAUUGAGAGAUUUAUAUUAAGGCUUACGUCCCACUGCGACCGGUCCAGCCUUUGGAAUUCUACAUACUAUUAUUGUAACGGCUCAAUAGUCAUUACACAAAAUUAGCCGAGUACAUCAGUUUAAAAAAAAGAACUCUGGACUAAUUGCUCGUUAUGGGAUUGACGCCUUAGUAAUGUGGCGCCACUGUGCCAGGUGAAUGUUACAUUUGCCCCAACUCUACUCUUUCAAUGUAAGUAAUUAUUUUCGUUCGCGAGACGCAUGAUACUCAUUUGACUUUUAACCAUUUCACCUUUGGAAGGCUCAUCAGCGUUGUGGUGAAGCAUGCCGCUUGUCUCUAUGGAUCAUAUAAAAAAGAGUACGCACGGCAUAUCAAUUGAUUGUGUCAAUGUGGUAAAGCGCGCCGAGGCAUGCGUCUCGCGGCGGACUUUUUAGUUCCGGUGCUUUCGCUUGUGAAGUGUCCAUGCGCCGUUCAAUAUGCUCCUGCUGUUUCAAUUAUAAUAUCUGAGUAUUUUCAGUACAACUUGUACAUAGUGUAAACAUUUAACUUUUGAAAAAAUGGAGUAAGUACCACACAAUUAACUAUUGUUAUUGUAAGAAAGCUUUUCAUGAAAUUAGUAAAAUAUUUGUUAACAUUGUUUACAACUAGUACUGAAUAUACUGCAGUCACAAUUAUCUUUUUAUUUAACUAGUUAAUUAACUUUUAAUUUUGAUUCGCGAUUAUCGCUUCGUACGCGGCGUUGUAGCUCGUUUGUUUUGGCACGUUCCGGCGAUGGCUGACAGGCGCGCAGUGUAGAAGCACUACCGGGAUUCGUGACUAAUAAAAUGAAAUAACUCAGCGCAGUCUAAUGUUGUCUAGUGAAUAUAUCAUUUUGCCCCUGCAUUUGGUAUAUGUGCUGUCUCUACCGGCGUGCGUUACAUAUCCGUGAGCCACACGCGCCGUGUACGCGUUUAUGUUCCGCUCACAUUUAUACAUUUUAUACAGAUAGCGAACCAUUGUAAUAGAAUUAAUCGUAUCGUCGUGCCGAACCCGACCAAUGCUUGCAUAGUGACCCGCGGUGGUCAUUCUGGAUUGUUCCUAUGUCUGUACUUAAUGUUUAUGUUUUAGUGUUGCCAGCCUUCACGGUAAAGCCGCUUAACGUUGGGCUUUUAGAAUUUGUGCCUAACUAAAUUAGACGCUGUCUGGGUCGAAUGGGUUUUGUCAGACUUUUCAAUGAUGGACUAGUGAUGCCAGGCAUAUGGAUAAUGCUAAAAAUUCUGGGUACCUUUUGAUCACUUGUGUCCGACUAACCCGCCUGAUCAAUUCGUUGACGACAACGCUGUUUGAACACGCACGACUCGAUUUGAUUCAAUAUGCCACCAGUGACUUGCGAGCACAAACUAUACCGCCAGCGCCUGAUAUGGGCGGUCUGGUUCGGCACGACGACACCUCAAUGAUAUAGAUAAUUUAAGAAAUGUAUUCGUGUAUCGUAAUGCGACGGGCGUUGGUCGAAUGGAUUCAUAUUUUAUUGUACGGUGUGUCGUAUGUCUCGUCGGUUUGUACCCGCUUUUAUAAAUAAACAUCGGCAUUUGUAUAUUAUGUUCAUAUUAAAAUACCUAUCGGAAA